UCAAUUGUAAGAAGACGAUCGCGCGCGCGCUCUCUUCGAGUUAUUUAUUAUCCUAUUUUUGAGAAAUCGUUCAAUAUUAUAACCUUGAGCGUUUCAAUAAUAAAUUGUUAUUUUUUUUUUUUUUUUUGUCUUCCUUUAGUUAAGUUUCGUAAUGAAUAAAGCAACAGUUUUCGUUUGAUCGACGAAGCGUACGCACAUACGACUCGUAGUUUUUUAUUCGUUACUUGUUCUUCUUUAGUUUUCUUUCUUCUAUUUUUUCUUUUCUUUUUUUUUAAUCUUUUAUUAAGAUAAAUUUAUAACGAGUUCAUUGACGUAUAAUAUUAUUUCUUGAAUGAUGUUUACGGGUACAUUAAAGAUCGAAAUAUGCGAAGCCAUAGGACUUAGAAUGAACGAAAAACAACAAGAUUCUUCUCAAGAGGAAUCUAUAUUAAAUUGUUACGUACAAAUUGACAUCAACGAGAAUCAUCUUGAUCGUUCCUCGACCAAAUACAAUACCCUAGAUCCCGUUUGGAAUGAAAUCUAUACGCACGAAGUUCAGAAUGCUGUUGUACUUAGAUUAAUUCUUUUUCACGAAGUUGAUUUACCUUAUGAUUAUUUCGUUGCCAAUUGUAGUAUUCCGUUCGAGGAACUCAUUGGAGGAGAGCUCGACAAAACUACUGAUCUUUGGGUCGAUCUCAAACCUCAGGGUAAAUUGCGUGUGAAGAUAGAUUUGAUACGUAACAACGAUACAGAUCAUUGUCGUGAUAAGAUCGUUAAUGAAUCUCUUGUUAAUGGUAAAAGUAAUAAAAAUAUUAAUUCCGUAAAAGAGUCUGAAAGAGGAUCUAAAGAUUUUCAAGGAUUUAAUCAUCAAAGAGGUACUAUGAGUCAUAGAAUUCAUCAAGUCUAUGGUCAUAAAUUUAUGGCCGCAUUUUUAAAACAACCAUCAUUCUGCUCACAUUGCCACGAAUUCAUAUGGGGUUUUGGCAAGCAGGGCUAUCAGUGUCAAGUUUGCUCUUGCGUAGUUCACAAACGAUGUCAUAAUUUGGUUAUUGCAAAAUGUUCUGGAAUGGUAGAUGAGGACAGAGAGGCUGGAAUUCAAUCACAUCAAAAUGAAAUAGAUGUGCCGCAUCAGUUCUUUGUUCAUACUUAUAAAAGAUGUACAUUUUGCGAUCAUUGUGGUUCUCUUUUAUAUGGAUUAUAUAGACAAGGCGUACAAUGUAAAGCUUGUAACAUUAAUAUUCAUAAAAGAUGUCAUAAAAAUGUGGCCCGCAAUUGCGGUAUAAAUGCGAAGGAGGAGGUGGCAUAAUUUUAAGCAAAAUGUUCGUUUUUUUUUUUUUUUUUUUUUUUUUUUUUUUUUUUUUAAAA